CAGAAGAAGUCCAUACCCAAGGGUGGUAAAAAGAAGAAGCAAGUGUUGAAGUUCACUUUAGAUUGUACCCAUCCCGUGGAAGAUGGAAUCAUGGAUGCUGCUAACUUUGAACAGUUCUUGCAUGACCGUAUCAAGGUGAAUGGUAAAGCAGGCAACUUAGGUGGCGGAGUAGUGACCAUUGAAAGAAGCAAGAACAAAAUUACUGUAACUUCUGAGGUCCCUUUCUCAAAGAGGUACCUGAAAUACCUAACAAAGAAGUACCUUAAAAAGAACAACCUUCGGGACUGGUUGCGUGUGGUGGCAAAUAGCAAGGAAAGCUAUGAGUUGCGGUAUUUCCAGAUCAACCAGGAUGAAGAGGAAGAGGAGGAUGAAGAUUAAAGCAUUGAUCUGGAUGGCUUUUGUACAUUAUUUCCAUUAAAUAAAUUGUUAAAACCGA